AUGCUUCGUCCUGCCUCUCAAGGCAUCGAACUAAAUGGCUUUCAGCUAUAUGCUGUUCAACGUUGGUUCCUUGAACGACGAUCCCGACCUUUCCUCGUAAUCCAUACCGGCGACCCAGCUCACCGAAUCACAGUCGUCAACGAGGACAGCGACGACAAGCCCAAUGUUCAUGCAAGGCCAAAGGACACCCCUCAUGGGACCAUUAUGGUCACCUCCUUAGCCCAUUUUCCUUCCGAUUACACCAUUCUUUUGAUCCCACACGGCGACUUCAAUGAUAAAGUGCGAGAUGAGCUCUACAGGAACAUGGUUCUGCAACGCUUGGGGCUCAGUGGCCGAAGUGCUCUGACCUUACAAGUGCCCAGCGACGCUACGAAGCAGCGUUUUGUUUCUGCCUAUCACUUCCCAGAGUCGACAAAAUCGGAUCAGUUGUUCACUCCCUCAGUCCUCGAACUCAUCAGACAAGUUCAGGCCGCCUUGAUAGUGUUUGGUGCAUACGACGGUCCGAUAGAUGGUUUGUUAUGCGAUCAAACUACUGCAGGGUUACGGAAAUGGCUUCAAGAUUAUGGAGGGAUGGUUCAAGGGUUGGAGUCGACGACAGCCUCUUCACGAACAGGGACAGCAGAUUCCUCGACAGUGUCUGCGUUGUUGAGCCUUGUUCUGGCCGUCAGAAAUAGACUGGUUGUAUUGUCUCCUCACAGUCAAAUUCCGAAAGACCCAUUCUUACAUCCAGAGUCCUUUAUUCAUACCAUCCGACGACAUGUAUCGACUCCAAAUGACAGCAGCAGCUUCAAACCGCAUCAUUCUUAUACUUAUUCGUUACCCAGUGUCCCGACUAUCAGCACUUUAUCUGGCUCGGCACCUUCGUCCAUGAAGGCUACAACUUCCAACCUCGCCCUCAAGACGUCCCCGUUUACUCCCACCGCUUCAACCUUUCUCACCCGCAACAUUGUUCAGUCUAUGUUCACCACCUACGAUACCAAAUUACCCAAGAUGAAAGGUACUUACAACUACAGAGAACAGGAAAAGGAGAAAGAGUCGCCUCUUGCCGCACUUCAUCUGGGCUCUCUUGGUGCAACCUUGUCGGGCUCCCACGGUCCUCAGUCAGUUUUAUUCCCGACUGCAGAUUUGACGGAGUUUCUCCAUACGGUUGUCGGUCGUAAUCGACUGAAAGAGAGGGAGAGGGAGAGGGGGAAGGGGAAGGGGAAGGAAAAGGAGAAAGAAAGUGAACGCGGUAGUUUUGAUGGUGACGAUCCACCUACAUCUCCCUUGGUCAAUAAUCGCUCUCGCUCUCCCGGCUCUCCCAGCACACCUACUCCUUACAAUACACUUGCAACGUCCAAAGGGACCAAACCUAGAACCCACAAGCCAAAGUCGAAGGCAUCUAAAGACAACGAAGUAACUGGGGUAGCUGGGACCUUACGUGGUCUUUGGAGUGGUAACAUUCUCAUGGUCGUUCAGCUUAGAGAAAGGAUGACGGAAGGAGAGCGGGAAAGGGAGAAAGAGAGCGAUGGUGGAACUGGAGAGAGGAAAGGGAUAUGGAGCGAUGGCGAUACGGAGUUUAGUCCUAAUUUCGAUUCACUGAAAAGGACUCGACUGCCUCAUAUGAGCCGCCGUGGUAGUCUUCAAGAGAGAUCGGAUGGUACUGAGGAUGAAAAUCUCGGGAACGGUGAUUCUCUAGGAUCACGGUGGGCGAGGAGUAGCGAAAGAUUCAAUAAUGUAAAGGAUAAAUUCGAGAAUUGGACUGGAUUAAAUAAGAUCGACAAUAAACUGACGAAGAGGAAGGCAGCAACUCAUCAUUCCAAUGAAUCUACAUCCACCACGAAUGUUGCGGUGGUGGAUCUCUCGCCGAAUACCGCUACACCAGGCGGGUCAUUUUCGAAACACAACCGUCUCUCUGUCUCGGGGAGGUUAUUACUACCUUUUGGCGGAGAGAGCGGUAACAACUCCACGUCGCGUAUAGUUAGUGCUGCUCAAACCCCGUCCGAGUUAUUACCAGCUUUCGGUGACCCAGACCCGGACGACGAUGCGAUGCCUAGUAGCGGGCAGGCUUCACCAGUUUCAGAUGACCCAAGGACGCCCAAAUCGUUUGGGAUGUUCGCCGGUAGUGCGGGAUCUUCCAAAGCGCAAUGGGCCAGAGCACUGGAUAAGAGUUCGUACGGCCCGUUACAACUGAGCUCGCCUCCGGUCAAGAAGAGUACGAGUGGCGGAAAUGAGUCAGUUAUCUCUGGGAGUAGUGUUUCGAGCGGGAAGUAUACUGGGUUGGGACUCGGGAUGCCCGGAGAUGGCGUAAGAGGUACCGGUGUUGGAAAGCGGCCUUGGGGUAGUGGUUUACACUUGACGAACCAGCGCGUUACGAGUUGGUCGGAUCCUGUCAGUGCUCGUGGAAGACCGGAGGGCGAAGUCGACAACAACGACCUUUCAGAAGAAAGCGAUGGUAUGCUUAGCGCCCCACUUAGCGUUGAAAGCGAGGUAGAAGGUGGUCGCAAAAUGCGAAACAGACACAAGUCAUCAGAGUCGAUGAGGUUCCAUCUCAGGGUGUAUAGUGAGAACGGAGGCUUCAUAGAAGAACAAGAAGCGUCUCACGAACCACCUUCCAUAAAGAAGAAGGUUGUUCAUGGUCCGAGAAGAAGGCGAACUUUCCAUUCAUUAUCGACUUUCAGGGAAGGGGAUAUCAAGAUCCUUCCGCUCGAGAGAAUGAGAAUCGACGUUGAACUUGCGGGACAGUAUUUAAUCAUGGAUAGGAGAGAACAACACUUGAAGAAUGUAAUGGCUACUCUAUCGGUCCUAACCAACCGAUUAUCGUCUACCAACGCAAAUCUCUGGGCUCAUUACAAAAACCAUCUCCCUGAUUUAGCCGCGCUAGAAGCACGGAGCAAGGUCAUCGCAGAGCUAGAGACGGAAAAUGACCGAAUUGCUUCAAAGAUCAAUCAGCCCACCAACACACUUCAAUACGAAGGGCAACAAUUCCAUGUGGAGGAGGCAUGGCGCGCAACCAACCAUCUGAGAAAUCAGGUACUCGAAUAUAGACGAAAGUUAUUCGAAACCGAAGGAGGGAGGAGGUUAAUGCCAGGGAUUCACGGUGCACACGGGCGUUUCAAUCGGUUACAGUGGACUUUGGACGGUAGGGAAAGGCUUGUUGAUUCCUAUGGCAGAACGGAGAGCGAAGCUGAGGAGGAAGAUAAGGUGGAUUUGUCGGCCAAGUUUGGACAGAGAGUCAAAGAGGAAGACGAAGAGGAUGCCGUUGAGCAUCCUGGCAUCAAGCCAAUGUGGCUGCUUAGAUUUUUCACAAGGUUAGGAGCAGUCUGGGGUCGAGUGUCAGCGGCGGCUCCAAGCACUUCAGUUAAGGUGGACCCUACAAGUAAUCCAGCGGUAACGACUCAAGUCCCGUCCAUCCUUUCGACACCGAAUUCACCGGAAAGUGUAGCUGUUAACCUGCCACUUCCUAUACCGGAGAAAGCCCAGUUAUUUUGACUUUACUAGGUCUCCUUCCACCACCCUCCGCUUCUACCUCUUUCCUUUACAAUUGUCAAUCUAUGCCUAGACCUCGUUAUCAUCCAACUGAUCCCAUUCCAAGCCGCUAGUAAAUUAUCUAAUUACGUCCUACCUAUAGCUAUCACGAACGAGAAUGGGGUCUGUGUAUGAAUUCGCGGCACCAUAGAUGCGGACGGUGUUGUGUUGCAUUACAGUAAUAAGGAUAUAUUCAAAUUGGUCGAUCCUCGCUUAAAGUUACACUCGUAAAAGACGGGUUCCAGAGGUGCUUGUUAGAUCCAUGUUUGAACCAAAAAGGAAGUGUCCAAACCCCCAGUAAGGUUAAUGUUGAUUCCGAAAAUCGGACCUCCAGUAAUUUGACCAAGAAAGUGCAGAAAAGUGCGUGGUCUUCCCCAGUUCAAAGUGAGAGCGACCUCAGUUCAGAUGGAUUUCAAGUCUAUGUGUCAUUAUUUCUGCCAUCCGAGUCAGAAGGAUUGGGCGAUGUGGAGUCGUACGAGGCCGUACCGAUAGUCCAGAAUCGUGAUCACUGAGACUUGUAAUGGGCCAGGAGGUCCGAGCCAUUUAGAUCAAGACUACCAUCUUUACAUCAUGAUCAUGAUGGAGAUGAGGACCAUUGAUGCGUUAAGACAUUAAAGGUGGUGGAUGUCGAUGAGUAGGGGUUACGCUUCCUGUAUGU